UUGUCACUUGUCUGAAUGGUUUUAUGAAAAAAAUGGGAACAGUAUGUCUGGAACAUAAAUAAGUAUUGAAUAUUGAGUCAACACAAAUAGAUAUUAAGCUAUAUUUGUAAAAUUGUCACUAGAUACAAAUUUCUGACCUCUAUCAAAUUAAAUUUAAAUAAUUAAAUCAAAUUUGAAUAGACAGGGGUCACGUGGGAGGGUACAGUCUGGAUCUCAUGUUUUUACCCAAACAGGGCACUGCUAGCAAAUAAUUUUCAGCAGUGUUAUGUACCCAACACUGGGCAAGGGGCAGAGAGCAUUAGCUAAGAAUGAAGGGCCAAGCCCCUGCCCUCUGGUGGCUUCUUACAGUCUGGCUGAAGACUCAGAAGGCACAAACUGAGAGUCCAUGUUGGGAGCUGCUGAGCUCAGGCAGUCAGCAUGGGCGGGAGCUCCCUCAAAGGUUGGCAGGAAUGGGGAAAAUCAAGAAAGCUAUGAAAAGGGUCCCAAGGCCUGUCAGUAGAAGCCAAGGAGAGAGGUCAGGAAUGAGCAGAGAGUGACAGGAGGAGACUGGUCCUGAUGGAGCUGAGAGACUGUUGGAAAGAGAUUUUCUAGAACCUUCCGUCGAAGGCAGCAGGGAGCCCUGAAAUGCUGUUGAGCAGGGGAGGGAUAUGUGAAUUUGUCCUGAUGUCUGGCUCAUUUGCUUCCACUCUUGAGAGCAGAUGCAAGUCUCCAUGACGCUUAGAAUCGCUGUUCAUUGUUCCCAGUUUUCAUUCAGCAAGGGCAGAGCUAGCUGGCGACAGAGUUGGGACCCAAUUAAGGACUAAGAUGAGAAAGUGCAGAAGGAGACUCCCCCAGGAAUCUGAGUCACCAACCUCCCCCUGUCAGGGAGAGAGCUAGCCCCUUUCUGUCUCAUGGAAAGGCCUGGUCCAAGACCUCCUGCUGCCCCAUCUCUCCCCGUGUGGGUGCAGCUCACUCAGUCACUCCAUCUUCUAUGAGGAGGACGAUGAUAGAGUAGUGUUGCAGGGGCUAAGACGGCAUUUGUAGGACACUGGGGACACACACAAGUAGGGAGAACAGGGCCUGAGAGAAUUCCUGGAGGAAAUGACACUCAGGCUGAAUCCGCUAACCACAUGGGAUGAGGGUUGUAAAUUCGACGCGGGCCACUUAUUUCUGAGGUAGCAGCUUCCUAGAGCCUGGGAAAGGCUGAGUGUAACCGAGCCCGACCCGGACAAGCCCAACUUGCUGCCUAGCCCUCCGGCCGGUUAUUCAACGAGCAUUUGUGCUGCGUCUGCUACAGGCCAGGAGCUGGCCGGGCUCUGGGCACACAGAGGUGAGAGAAUAGACACUUCCGUUAAGUGCCGCAAGGAGAAGCCCAGGACGGGGUGGGAGGGUGCAGCCUGGAUCCACGGGCACGGGGCACAGAAGGCUUUGGUGUCGCCGCCCCGCCGGGCAGAGGGCUGUGAAAGUCCCAGCAACACCCAAGUCUCUCGGAAUCGGAUUCACUUCCUUCAGGAAAGAGUUACCCCCCUUGGUGGACUUGUGGUGGCCACUGUGCUAGUUCAAUAAGCAGUCUUUGAGCCCUUAGAUGGAAGGCCCUGGAAGGUAUCCCUCCCAAGACCUGAUGCCCACUCUCAAAGGAAAUGACGUCAUCAGGUCCCCCCCUUUUUAAAUUUAAAUUCCAGUUAGUUAACAUACAGUGUAAUGCUAGUUGCAGGUGUACAAUAUAGUAAUUCGACACUUCCAUACAAUGCAAGGUGCUCAUCACAAGUGCUCUCCUUAAUCCCCAUCACCUGUUUCCCCCAUCGCCCCACCCCCUUCCCGCUGGUAACCAACAGUUCGUUCUCUGUAGUUAAGAGUCUCUUUCUUGGUUUGCCUCUCUCUCUCUUUUUUCCCCUUUGCUCAUUUGUUUUGUUUCUUAAAUUCUACAUGAGUGAAAUCAUAUGGUAUUUGUCUUUCUCUGACUUAAUUUGCUUAGCGUCAUAUUCUCUAGCUCCAUCUGUGUUGUUGCAAAUGGCAAGACUUCAUUCUUUUUUAUGGCUGAGUAAUACUCCAUUAUAUAUGUGUGUAUAUAUAUACACACAUCAUGUCUUCUUAAUCCAUUCAUCUAUCAAUGACACUUUCCAUAAUUUGGCUACUGUAGAGAAUGCUGCUAUAAACAUCGGGGUGCAUGAAUCCCUUUGAAUUCGUAUUUUUGUGUCAUUUAGGUAAAUAGCUAGUAGUGCAAUUGUUAAAUCAUAGGGUCAUUGGGCGCUUUUUAUAAGCCAGGCCCAGGAGGUGUUUUUUGGCAUAUUUUUUCUCAUUUGAUUCUCACAUAUUAUUAUUAAUCUCCUGUGAGGGAUGUUGAAUUAUCUCCAUAUGUGGAAACCAGGACGCAGAGAGGCCCCCCAACCAUGAAAGGAUGAACACAGGUUUGAACCCAGCUCUGCCCCUAUCCUCCUCCUCCUCAGCAGCCACACUGCCUCGGCUCGGGAUGCUUAUGAUCCCCCUGGGGGGUGGGGGUGGGGGUGACACAGAAGAGCCCAUAAUACAAUUCCUAAUUGAUACGUUCACUCUCCUCUUCUUUAGAAACAUUUCCCUGAGCUGAGCGGGCACACUUCUCACAGCAGCCGCCGUUGUGAGGCCCCGGGCGGCGGGGGGAUCCCCAAGGCCGUGAGGAACAAGAACCGGGCACCCGUGGCCCCAAGUAUGAAGUCCCAGGGUUAGUGCCCGUGGGAGGUGCCCAUGCUGGGCUCAGGAGGAGCCGGGGUGCCGAGGCCUGCUGCCCUGCCCAUGGGCGCCACGGAAGAAGGCAGGGGUCCCCGGAGUUCUGCGGCGCCACGGCUGGAUCGGAGAGGGAACCGCUGAGCCUCUGCCAGGAGCCACACUAAGGCCACAGCAAUGACUUCUGUCAGGGAGAUCUCGGAGGCCACCCCAGAGGGCGAAGAGGAGCCCUAACCCAUCCUGGUACCCCGGGGCCGCUGCUGGCGAUGUGACUCGUCCCGGUGGUCGGGACCGCGCAGAGCCCAGGCGGCGCCGAUUCGGGGAGGGUCUGCCUCUGGGUGCAGCUCCACGCGGCACCAUGAACAAUAACUUCUGCCGGGCCCUGGUGGACCGGCGGCCCCUGGCGCCCCCCAGCUGCAUGCAGCUGGGCGUCGUGCCCGCUCCGCGCCGGGCGCCCUUGCCCCCCGCCGAGCCCCUGGGCAACGUGCCCCUGCUGCUGUACCCGGGCCCGGCCGAGCCGCAGUACUACGAUGCCUACGCGGGCGUGUUCCCCUACGUGCCCUUCGCCGGUGCCUUCGGGGUGUACGACUACCCCUUCGAGCCCGCCUUCAUCCAGAAGCGCAACGAGCGCGAGCGGCAGCGGGUCAAGUGCGUCAACGAGGGCUACGCGCGCCUCCGCGGCCACCUCCCGGGCGCGCUGGCCGAGAAGCGGCUCAGCAAGGUGGAGACGCUGCGCGCCGCCAUCCGCUACAUCAAGCACCUGCAGGAGCUGCUGAGCGCGGCCCCCGACGGCGCGCCGCCCGCCGCCUCCCCGCCCGGCUGCCGCGGCGACUGCGGGGCACGGGCGCCCGCCUCCCUGGUGCCCGACUCGUCCGAGUCCUCCUGCUUCUCCUCCUCGCCGUUCUUUGAGUCUGAAGAAUCCAGCCACUGAUCGGGACGGGGGCUGGUGGGGGUGGGGGUGGGGGUGGGGACCCGCCAGGGCCGUCCCACUCCCGACAGCAGCCCGGGGACUGCCGGGUCACCCGCGGUGCGGCUCAGGCCCCUGGCGUUUGCGGGCCCGCGGCGCUCGGGUGUCUGCGACGCCGUCCUUCUGCCACCGCCACCACCGACCUCAUUCCUUCCAGCUUGGGGCAGAGGUGCAGGGAGGGGGAGAGAGGGGCACCACAGAGACCGGAGGAGCCCCGUCGGUGCAGUGAGGGCGCAGGGCCUGGGGAAGUUCCGGGUGCGCGCCGCGCCCGCUCCAGGCCGCGGGAGGGUAACCCAGCACGGCCAUCCCUUGGGUCCGCCUCCCGCUCGGCUUCAGCCCCGCGCUGCGGAAAGUCGGAGCUCAGCUCCCGGUUGUGCACCCCCCGCUGUGGGGCCUCUCCGACCUCGACCUCCGUCGCCACGGGUGCAGCCCUGUGUCUGCGACUCCCCAGGAGGCCGGCCGGGCUUUGGUUGGGAUGAGCCAUGCCCUUGCUGUCCACGAGAUGGCCUCAGAUCCUAGCGUCCACUUUGGGAGCUUGCUUGCCACCCCGCCUCCCACCCCCCCCCCACCACCCCCACCACCCCCGGAGGAAAGGAGGCCAGACUGCGGCUUGCACUCCGCCCAGAUCAGACUUGGGAGGGGGCCAUGUGCGUGCCUUGGUGGCGCCCUCCGGCUUCCUCCAUGGAGGGCGAUUACCCACCCCCACCCCUGGCCCCCAGGGUGGCCUUUUCAUCCUUUUCCCCCCAGGUUGCUUGAGGACUGCGUUUUCCCCCCUCAGACUGUAUCCCUCUGUGGGCAAUGGGACCAUAUGGCGCUGUGUUUGUACCAAGAAGCUAAAUAAAAGAUUU